ACCCGUUGCGAGCGUAUGAGCGCACUCGCGGCUCCCGUGUGGUCGGGAGCUCGCCGGCCUCCGGACAGGCUCAAGCUUUGGCCUCGGCCACCGCCAUGUCCGCCAUCAUCGAGCGGGAGUUCCAGGAGAUUGAUGCCACUAACGACUGGCAAGCGCGCUAUCUGGAAAUUCGACAUAAAUCCAGUGACUAUCCUCACAGAGUUGCAAAAUACCCAGAAAACAGAAAUCGGAACAGAUACAGAGAUGUUAGUCCCUAUGAUCAUAGUCGUGUAAAGCUGCAGAACACAGAGAAUGACUAUAUCAAUGCCAGUCUAGUGGUCAUAGAAGAAGCCCAGAGAUACUACAUUUUAACCCAGGGUCCACUACCUAAUACAUGUUGUCAUUUUUGGCUAAUGGUAUGGCAGCAGCAAACCAAAGCAGUUGUGAUGCUGAACAGAAUUGUCGAGAAAGACUCGGUGAAGUGUGCACAGUACUGGCCAACAAAAGAAGAAGAAGUUAUGACCUUCAGUGAAACAGGUUUCCGUGUGAAGCUAGUAUCUGAAGACAUCAAAUCCUAUUACACAGUACAUCUACUGCAAUUAGAAAAUAUCAAUAGUGGCGAGUCCAGGAUGAUCUUUCAUUUUCAUUAUACGACAUGGCCAGACUUUGGAGUUCCUGAAUCCCCAGCUUCAUUCCUGAACUUCCUCUUUAAAGUCCGAGAAUCUGGGUCACUAAGUCCCGAGCACGGACCUGCAGUCGUUCACUGCAGCGCAGGCAUAGGACGGUCUGGCACCUUUUCAUUAGUAGACACUUGUCUUGUCCUGAUGGAGAAAAAAGAUCCAUUUUCUGUAGACAUUAAGAAGGUAUUACUGGAUAUGAGAAAAUACCGAAUGGGACUUAUCCAAACUCCUGAUCAACUAAGAUUUUCCUAUAUGGCUGUAAUAGAAGGAGCAAAAUUUAUCAUGGGAGAUUCCACUAUACAGAAACGGUGGAAAGAGCUUUCUAAGGAGGACCAAGCACCAAGUUCUGAGCAGUCUCCUUCACACCCAACCAAAAUAACCACAGAGAAGUACAAUGGGAACAGCAUAGGCCUGGAGAACAAAGAUCAAAUGGAGAAAAUAAAUACUGACCUGAACUCCACUAAAGUUCAAGAUCUCACAGAUGGAAACAUUGAAAGUUCUGUCCGAAAACGACUGCGAGAGGAUAGAAAAGCCAACACAGCACAGAAGCUGCAGCAGAUGAAGCAGAAGCUAACUGAGACUGAAAGAAAAAGAAAAAGGUGGUUAUAUUGGAAACCUAUUCUCAUUAAGAUUGGGUUUGGUACACUGAUUUUAGCUGGUAUUUAUUCUUGCUGGAAAAUGUACUUCCAAGAACAUUCCUUGUAAGAGUAAGCCUGUCAGCUCCAGCAGCUGCUUUUGCUGCCAGUCAAUGACCAGGGGUGUGACUUUUAAGCAGUAAAUCCUUGCACCUGGAAUGGGUACAGACUGUUACAUACCAUAGAGAAGUGACUCACCUAAAACUUGAUCCCAUGUCAACAUCUCAGGACUUUCCACUGCAGGUACUUAGAAAACUGAAACUGCUGCCCCCCAGCCAAACCGAUGGGUUUUUGUUUAUAUGGGCAGGUACAAACUUGCUGCAACUGUUUAUACACUUUUUAAACGGUGUUCUCCCAUAUCUUAAGCAAACCCUGAACCGCAGAGGUUUAGCUCCUGAAGGCUGUCUGGAUUGAAAGUUACAUGCCUGACAUAAGCAAUAAACAGUGUUGUAUCCUCUACAUUAUUAAUGCAAAGAAGUUAUCCUUCAAUGUCUGUAACGUGUAAUGUACUAGUGACAUGAGCAUAAACAUUUUAUAUUCUUAUGACCUAGGACAAAUCUAUUUUAUAAUUGCAUAUUUAAUCUUUUUGUAGUUCACUGUACUUUUAAAAAGGCUCAGUUUGUACAAAUUUCUGACCAAAAAGAAUUUGAUUUUGAAACUGAAUGUAUUUAUGAUUUCUGCAUGGAAAUACCAGUGUGACCAUUCCCCAGAUCUUGACUCCAGGUUACAACAUGAGCAGCUAGGGGUCUGAUCGAGCACUCACCAAUUUCUACUCUGUUCAUUUGCAUUCCUUAUUUAUUAUUUUUGGGGUAGUUUUAUUUAAGUAAGGCUUGGAAAUUUUGUGGUUUUAAGGAUUUUGAGGACUUAGCCCCCACUGCAGAGCAUACUGUUAAGUUGCUUAAUGUAUUCAGACUUCAACUACUGUUUGGAGGCCAAGAUUGUUAAAGUUCUGACAUUCCAUUAAAUGUGAAAGAGAAUGGUUUGUGUGUCUAGAGAUUUUAAUUGCCAGACAGAAUACAAUUCCAUGGGUAGUAAUAGGUGUAGAAAGCACCUAAAAAGCAAACUGUAGGAUUUCCAAGGGUGGUUUCAAUGCAAAACAAGUCGGUUGGUGGCACUCUCCUGUAUGGUCUGUUCUGUGAGACACUUCAAAAGGUCCCAGAACUGCUUUUCAGGUUCUCCAGUGCUGGAUUAGAGGUAUGACAGUAAACCACUUGAUGGCUGACACUUUGAAAUGAUGGAACACUCCUUUCCAUUCCUUGGGCUAUACCCUUGUUAAAUGGUAACUCAGCAUAAGUCACUGUCCUUUCAGUUCCUAGAGUACCAAGAUGGUAUGUGGCUUUAUGGAGCUUGCUGUCACUCAGGUUGAGACCUACUGAUUUGCAUUGUUGGGCUGUGCUCUGACACCUGAAUUUGGUUUAUUUGAGCAUUACCUUGCUAGGUGGCUUCAGAAGUCAUGUUUCCUCCCUCCAUUUUCCUAGUUUGGUUGGUUUCUGUUGGGUAUGGGGGUCUCAGGGGAAACUUUCUCUUUUCUCUUUUUUUUUUCCUCCCCCUCCUCUCCUUUUGUCCUUUUGUAAAGCACUUUCUGGAUCCAAUACUGAAAGAGCUGGAUAAUUCCUAUGCUCCUUAUCCAAAGGCAUUAACUUGAAAAGCUUCCAGGAUGUUUUAGCUUAGUAGUAACAUAGCAGGCACAGGGCCCAGAUAGCCCAACACGUGCUAGGCAAAGCUGAGCUAGAGUUUACUCUUUGAAAUUCUCAUUUCACAACAGCUCAGGCUUUUUUGGACGGGGGUGUUUAGAUAGUAAACAAACACUCAGGGGACUGGGUAAGGAAAACAAGCAUCCUUUCAGGCAGUUCUGACUUUGGGAGAGCGUGCGUCAGUGAAACAGGACAGUUUGUCCUCUGGCCCUACCGACCUGCUCUGUAGCUCCAAGAGCAAGAUGACUUGCUGAUGGCUGUGGCAUGCUGUCAGCAGGCAGCUCGUGGGUUUUAUGUCAUCACUUUACAACCAUAGCAACUUUUAGCCAACAAGAGGCUUGGCAAAAGGUUCCUUUUUUCUUUUUUUCCUUUGAAAUUAGGAAAAUGAUUUGUUGGGCGUUGUUUUGUUGUUGUUUUUUCUCCCCAGCACCAGCUAUAACUGAUAGUAGGCAUAAGUGUAGGUGCCUUAUAGAAGAUAUUUUGUUUAUGGAAAAGCAGGCAGAAUGUAAUGAAAUACUUUUGUAACAGAGUAUUUUGGAUUUUAUUCUAAAUAAUUGCAAGCACCUAUGGAAAAAGUGGAGGCGAGACCUUGACUGAAGUCACACUCUCAUUUAUCACCUGAUUUCCUGGUGGCUAAUGAUCAGCUGUGGCUCAAGUUGUCACUUGAUUUUUUUUUUCUGAUUCCAUCUUCUAAAUUCUGGCUUUUGUUGUUCCCUUUUUUUCUGGGUGGAGAUGACACCAUUUUUCUUCAUUUCACACUUAUUGAUGCAAUAAAGCAGGACUUGCACUGCCCACAGCUGACCUGUAAGGAUGUGCUUUUGUUCUAUAGUUGUACCUAUCCCCAAGAGUCUUAACUGUUAAUCAUCUAAAGGACCAUGAAACACCACAAGCCUUGAACAAAACUAUUUUGUUCAGUGACUUGUCCUUGACAGCAUGAGUGUAGGAAGGGAAAUUGGAUCCCUUAGUACAUUCCAGGAGAUAAUUUGGAUAAAACUUUUCUUGCUGGUGCAUCAGUAAUCCUUAAACCCCCAAAAUGUGAAGGCGGCUCCUUCUCUUUACUGCAGACUGAGCCCUUGUGGUAUGUUGUUAUUCUGUAGGAUUAAAACUUGUGUAACUUGGAUGCCAAGUAAGGACAAAUAGUGGCUCAAGUGAAGAAGCCAUCAGACCCAGCGACCUUUGUUCUAGAAAAUGCUUACAGAAUAAAACUGAAGGAUGUGCUUUCUGACUCCACUCCUGCCUCCCCAGUUCCUGGUGGUUCUUUCUGUUUCAAAAAUGCUGUUGCACUUGAUUCAAAGCCUUGUGGUGUUAGGUUUUACCCUUUGUUCUGGAAAUACAUCAGUCAAAAUAUUUGAUGCCUAGUGGGCCUCCUUGAACUGGAUUGCAAAAGGUUUGGGUUUCAGAUGAAUGUGAAUGUACAGACCAUGAAUGCUGUUACACAAAAAUCACUGAGGAAUUUUGGACCGGUUUGAAAGGGGUUUGUAAAUUCAGAUGAGUCUAUCAGGGUUUGUGAUGCAGGGACAGCCCUCCAACAGUGACAGUACCUCAGUAUUUCAGACCAUUAUUUUCACUGAAGUGAAUUCAGUGUGAAAAUAGUAAUUGGAAAGAAAAUUAGAGAUUUAUUUCAUGGAAGCAAGAUGCUGCGAGCGAAACUUAGCGUAUUUCCUUAAACCUUGAGUAAAAUGGUUUACUGGCAUUAGCUUAGAUCCCACUGAGAAGGGAAGAGUGUAACUGUUUGCCAGUGUGUGUGACUGGGUUGUGACCAAAAAGCCUUGCUAGCUCUGAGUGUGUAAUCAUUGUUACCCAGGUGGUUGAGUUUGCUGUUUGGCAUUAAGAGUUUAACCUGAGACACUAGAGGACUGCACGAGAAACUAAAUUGACGGUGACAGAAGAAGUUUUCUGCAUGGCCAAGUGGCUUAAGUCAGAGGACAGAAUUUUGCAAAGUUGAUGUAGUCUUCCUGGGCUUUGUUCUCCCCCAGUGUUUUAGGUCAGUCUUUCUUUUUUAUGUAUGAAAAAUAAAUGUGUUCGAAACUGCA